AUGAUUAUGUUAUGUCUUUACUUCCGAAACAAUUAUCACUGUCCUGAUGAUUUGGCAGAGGCAAUUAUCAAUUCUUAUGAAAAUUACAAAAUCAAUAUUGUAGACUAUUCUGUAAUGUUACAAGAAUUUGUAAGAAUUUUGAAGCAAAAUAUGAACACAAGUAUUAAUCAAUCAAUGUUGGAAAAGUUGCGAGAAAUGGUUAAUAAUUUAUUCGACACUAUUGUUGUUAGAGAUUCUCUUGAAUAUUUGAAAGAUGUCAAUGAAUAUUAUCAAACAAGCCCAAGCCAUCCAGAGUAUGUCAAUGAAGGAGAAAAAGAAAAGAUACAUAGCAAAAACGUAACGGCAUGCUUUAGAAUAGUUGAAUCUACUUACUCUCUUCUUAGAGAUACUAAUCUGUUGUUAACGGAGAAUUUUCUCUCCAUUAUUAAGAAAAAAACAGAAACUAUUUUGGAAAAUAAUUCUUUCAAAGAGGACAAUUUAUUGAUAUUAUCACUUAUUGAUUGUAUCACUGAAAUAGUUAGAUACACUAAUAGAAGCCAUCUAUUAAGAGUUUUUGGAAAUCUUGAUUAUUAUCCAUUUUUAACUAAAUUAAUUCGUAGCACAAUUACAGACCCAGAUUUCAUGGAAACAGGAAUAAUGCUAGUUGGAUUUUUGAGUGAUACCGACGUAUUAUGGGAUCAAUGUCCUUUUGAUGAAAAUGAAACUCCUCAAGUAGAAAAUAACUUGGUGUAUGAUUUUAUCCUUCCAAUAAUUACCAACCAAAUAGAGAAUUGUUUCUAUUUUCUUACUGGACUCGAAGUAAUGAGGCAUACUGAUGAACAGCAUAUUGAACAGUAUCAGAAAUGGUUUUGGGUUAUGGGAAGGAUAAUAUUUAAUGACAUUUUUCGAAAUGGAGGAGAGAAGUCACUUUCUCAAUAUGACAAUGUAGCAGAAACCAUAUUUCAUAUUUUAGUAAUGUUAGGUGGUAAAAUAUGUACCGGUUUAAUAGAGUCAAUUAUGGUGACUCUCUUGAUUAUCAGCAGCAAAAGAAUGGAAGUACUAGCUCCAAAACUUGCCCUUUUCCUUGAUAACAUUUUCAGUGUUAUUGUUUUGCCAACUCUUGAUAGACAAGGAUACACUGUGUUUUUCUCUCGUGUUUUGGAGUUAUUGGACUAUCUGAUGGACAAUGAAAUAAUAUCUAUUGGACCAAGAGAGAUGAGUUUGACAACAAACCUACCAGAGAUUUACAAUUCCUUUUCUAUAUAUUUGAAACUUAAAGCUGAGAGGGUUUUAUUAAAAAUGGCUUCACUAUUUGAAAUGAAUGAUUCAGAUGAUGAUACAGAAGAGGAAUCAGAGCAUGAGUCAGAACAUGACAAUACAUCUGAAUAA